AUGGCUGAUGAGGAUAUGGAGCAUUCUGAAAAUUCUUCGCAAAGUGGGGAAGAACAGCCAGCAGUCAACGCUUGCAAUGAAGAGUCUCUAACAAACAGCAUCGAACUCAUCAAGAAAACCGUAGCUAAGUUGACCUCGGAACUCGAACUUCUUCGUCAAGACGCGUAUGAAAAGGAGGCUAUCGCAAAGAAAGCCAAGGACAAUAUAAUUUUCGUCGAAAAUCAGCUACAAUCGUCGCUCACUUUUACUCCGCCAGUCGCCACCGUCCAACCCUCCUUGCAAACAAACAGAGGACAGCCAUCGGAACAACAAGGCACACCGCUUAUGAGGCGAGGACGUUGUAAGUUCCUUUGUGGAUCGAACACACAUGUGUUCGCAACGGAAUGCGACGUUUACGUCACGGUCUCGGCCCGACGUAAUCGUAUGCACGAGUUGAACAUUUAA